GGUUUGUUGAACAUUAAUUGAAGAGUUCCUAUAAAUCCGAGCCCUGCCUCCCCAUAUCACUUUGUCUUAUCUGUUUCUCUGUCCAAGUAUUUCUCUAGAAUCGUAGGUACGUGUGGGCCAUGGCAGAAAACAGGCUAGCGAUCGGCAUCGAUCUCGGCACGACCUACUCCUGCGUGGGAGUCUGGCGGAAUGGUCGUGUGGAGAUUGUCGCCAACGACCAGGGCAACCGCACAACGCCGUCCUGGGUCGCCUUCACUGAUGGGGAGAAGCUCAUCGGCGAGGGGGCCAGCAAUCAGGUAGCAAGUAACCCAUCGAACACCGUCUUCGAUGUGAAGCGGCUCAUCGGCCGGAGUUUCUCGGACGCGUCCGUGAAGAGCGAUGCCAAGUAUUGGCCAUUUAAGCUGAUCCAGGGCCACGACGAAAGGCCCUUGAUCAGCGUGAGUUACCUCGGGGAAAAAAAGGAGUUCUCGCCGGAGGAGAUCUCGGCCAUGGUGCUCGUCAAGAUGAAGGAGACAGCUGAGGUGUUCCUUGGACCUGGAACAACCAUCACGAAUGCGGUGGUCACUGUCCCAGCUUACUUCAACAACAACCAGCGCAAGGCCACCAAGGAUGCUGCCGCCAUCGCCGGCCUGAAUAUUAUGCGCAUCAUCAACGAACCUACCGCAGCGGCCCUCACCUUCAGCGAAGGCAGGAAGUGGAGCCGCUCCGAAGAGAGGACUGUGCUUGUGUAUGACUUGGGAGGUGGGACGCUAGACGUAUCGCUCGUCGUUGUGAAGAAAGGUGUCUUGCACGUCAGGGCUACUGCAGGGGACACUCACCUGGGAGGCGAGGAUUUCACCAACAACAUGGUUGAUCAUUUCGUCGACGAAUUUAAGAUACAGAACAAGAAGGAUAUCAGCGGCGACACAAGGGCGGUCCGGCGCCUGAGAAACGCCUGCGAGAGGGCGAAGAGGAUGCUCUCCUCCGACGCCCGGACCGUCGUGGAUGUGGACGCCCUUUUUGAGGGCAUCGACUUCCACUCCACCAUCAACCGCGCCCUGUUCGAGCAGCUCAACAAGGACCUGUUCCUCAGAUGCAUGGAGCCCGUUGAGACAUGCUUGGGGGACGCCAAGAUUGACAAGAAGAAAGUGAGCGAUGUUGUGCUCGUUGGGGGCUCCACACGUAUCCCCCGCGUGCAUCGGCUCGUCCAGGACUUCUUCAAUGGCAAGGAGCCAAGCAAGAGCGUCAACGCCGACGAGGCCGUUGCACACGGAGCCACCAUCCAGGCCGCCAUCCUCAUGGGCGACAAGAAGCGUGACGUUAAAGUGCAUGUCAUCGACGUCAUGCCACUCUCACAGGGUGUAAGCGUCAAGGGAGAUGUCAUGAGCGUGGUUGUCCCGAGGAACACCACCAUCCCCACAACCAAGGAGCAAAUCUACGUUACAACUUAUGAUAACCAGCCCGAAAUGUGCAUAGAAGUGUACGAGGGUGAGAGGGCCAUGACAACGGACAACAGCCUGCGGGGCAAGUUCACGCUUUCCGGCCUCACGUUGGCUCCUAAGGGAGUCACUAAAGUCAACGUGCGGUUUCAGAUCGAUGAAGACGGGAUCCUGCACGUCUCCGCAGAAGACAAGAAGGCUGCUCGGAAGAAGAACAUAACCAUCAUGGAUGACCCUAGGCGUUUUAGCAAGGAUGAGAUUAAGAGAAUGGUGCAGGAGGCCCAGAGGUACAAAGCCGUGGAUGAGGAGCACAAGAAGAAUGUACAAGCACGGAACGAAAUUGAUAAUCUCUUGUACACUAUGCGCAACACUACCGAGAAACUGCAGCAUUCAGCUUCAGGACUCCAGGACCUGGUUGAUGGGACUAAAGAGUGGCUCCAGAACAACGAGCUUAAUUCAGACGAGCUUGAUGCCAAGAAGCAGCUGUUGGAGGCCAUCAUCGGCCAGACUAGUACAAAAUGAAAACUACUAAGGCUCUCCAUAAUGUUCAGUAAUUUUUUUUGUUUUUGUAUUUCAUAAAUGUUUUACAAUAAAUAUCUUGCAAAAAUGGUAUAUAUAGGUAUUUUUUGCUGUAUGUCAAAUUAUACAAUACAUAUAAUUUGUGUUUCCUGUGCAGUAGUC